AUGAAGAAAUUAUUUGAUAAAAAUGAGUUCGAAGUAAGUCCAGCUGUUGUCAAUGCAUUCUAUUCACCGGAAAAAAAUGCCUUAACAUUUCCUGCAGGAAUUCUCAGGCCGCCAUUCUUUCAUGGUGCAUAUCCAAAAAUGGUAAAUUAUGGUGCAAUCGGUGCAGUAAUAGGACAUGAAGUUACGCAUGGAUUCGAUGACCGAGGAAGUCAAUUUGAUAAAGAAGGUAAUCUACUAAACUGGUGGAAUGCGGAUUCAUAUAAUAGAUUUGCUGAACGGAAAGAAUGUAUAAUUAAUCAGUACAGUUCAUAUGUGGUACCAAACACGGAUUAUAAGGUUAAUGGUAAACUUACGCAAGGUGAAAAUAUAGCUGACAAUGGUGGCGUUAAAGAAGCUUACAGGGUACGUCUUAGACAUUCAUAA